AUGGACUUUAGUGAUCAAGAUGCACCGUACCCUUGCCUUGAAAUCAUUGAGAACAAGCAACAUGCGCGCGCCAAAGUUCUCACUUUGAAAGUUCAUCCUGCGGUGAUCGGCGUCUUCCCACUCAUUAGGAAGAUGCUGGAUACGUCUCAUCAUCUCCCGGAGUGGUUGUCAACAGAAACGAAGGAUGUUACGGACAAUUUCUCCGGCAAGGCCUUCUGCGAGAACUGGCGUCCACCCACUAAUACGGUCUCUACCUUCAUCGGAGAGUUGUCUAUUUCUUUAUGGGAUUUGAGAACCAUUGGAGGUCUUCCUGUUCAUGGUUCCUUUUAUAAUGAAGUUGUACCCUCGGCUAAGGAGUUGACACAUGAGAAUGCUCCUUUUGUCGAGCUAGGCGUAGAAGAAUCCUUCAGAGAUGAGACUUAUAUGGCAGCUUUUCUCGUAUGUUGGCUUUGCAAGUUUGUUUUUCCUAGCAAGAAAGCUGAUUGUAUUCGUGCUAGUGUCUUAAAAGUCGCAAGCUUGAUGGCUCAUGGAGAAAUAUUUUCUUUGGCAGUGCCGGUCCUAGCAAGCAUCUAUGCGGCAUUAAGGAUAUAUUUACUUCUUCAAACUCAGACUCUGCUAAGACGAAGUACUCACAUAAUUUUGAGAAGCCCGAAAAGAGAUGAUGUUUCUUUAUCAACCAAAGGAGAACAACUUCAAGAAAAGCUAUCUCAGCCUUUAAAGUCUAAGGCGACACCAAACAUUCCUCCGCAAUCUGUUAGAGUUGUUUCCAAGUCUAAAAGUUUGAAGAGCAAGACAACACAUGUUGGUAAAGAAGGUGAGGAUCCAUUACAGACUCCCAAGGCUGUCAACCUCGCUGAUAAAGAGGUGAUCAACGUAACUCUCAAGAGGAAGAAACCUUUCAGCUCAUCGAAUGAAGGUGUUGUAAAGUCACUUGGCAUUGCACCAUCUUAUAGUAACACGUCAAAAACGUCUAUUUCACUCCAGGAGAUCGACAUUUGCAUUAGUGCAGCCUCUAGCUCCAAUGAGAGCAAUGUUAGCCAAGAGCUACAUUGGAAGCGUUUGAAGAAAAAGCCUAAGGACUUGAACACUCAACAAUGCGAGUUCGCUGAAUUGGAUUCCAUUUGUAUUGACACUGCGAUCUUUGAAGAUGGUGCUGCUGGUUCUACGAUGCCCUUGAAAGAAUUGGCACAACAGUUGGGUCUUGGGGACAUCCCUAGCGAUGUAGAUGUAUUUGAAGAUUGUAUCACCAGCUCGACUUUUCUCAAUGUGGUGAAGAGUUCUCACCCCCCACUUGUUGAAGUUAAGAGUGAAGCCGCGAAUGAGAUCCAACCGACAAAGCCAAUGGUCCUUUUUUCUGAAAAUGUUGAAACUUUUCAAAACAUCUCAACUAAUGUGGAGGUUGUUGAAACUUCUCAAAUUGGAUGUCCAAAUGUUUCCAAGGAUUUGGUUUGCCCUUUGUUGGCAACUGCCUCUAAUUUUGAAUCACCAAAGAUUAUUUCUGGCUUCAAAUUGUCUUAUGUUUCUGGAAUGUGGCGCACCUUAUGUGAGUGUAUCACUCAGUUCUCUUUUGAAUCUUCAGAGAACCUCAAAGAGUUGGAGAUAGGUUUUGCCUCGAUUCUGAAUGGUCUUCGAGAAGUUGACUUCAUCAACCUUAAUCCUUUAGAGGUUCUCCUUGAAGAUUUUCUCAAGAAACAUAGAGAUUAUGAUGUUGCAAGGCUGUCCACUUCUCAAUAGAUAACAAGGGAUUCUCAUCAAGAGUUGCUUUCUGCUGCCCAACAAGGUCUUAAUACCGCAAAUGAGGAGAGAAUCAAUAUGGACAAACACUUGGAAGGGCUUCAAAAAGUCCUUGCAAGAGCUGAAAAAGAGUUGAAAGUAUGGGCUUCAAAGAAGAAGAAAACCAUCUCGCUUAUUGAGGAUCAUCAAAAGAGGUUAUCUCAAAAUCAAAAGAUUAUCACUACCGUGAAGAUGAAAUUCAUGCCAUUGAGAAAAUCAUUCCCUUGUCGGAAAUAGAAAUAAAAGAACUAGAUAAGCUAAGGAAGAUGCUGAGACAAGUCUUCACCAAAUCCUUAGCCAUAAGUUUAUUUCUUAGUUUUUUAUCCCGCAUAAUGUCGUUCUUUCUCAAUUUCUUG